GUCAUCUUCGAUCUCCCGCACUUCUUUCUGUCCCACUGUUACUUGGCGUCACUGAAACAGGAGCCGGAGCGCUAUGAGAAUUAAUCGAGGGACUCUGCGGCUUGUUGAACAAAUCCGUACACUUGCUCCACAUUGGCGCACCAAUCCUGUACAAAACACUCCCAACCCCUUUCUUCCACCACCGUUCCAACCCCUUUCAACCCCAACUUUUCGUUUUUAUUCUAAAGCAGGUGAAAUACAACCGCAGCAGCUAUCAAUGGAGCUUAUCAACAUAAUGGAACAUAGGUUGAAGGCCAUUGAGCUCAGGAGCACUUUUCUUCUAAAUAUAAUCAACCGGCCAGAAGCCCCACCAGUUGAGUACGCAAAGGCCAACAAGGAGCUUAGAAAACUCAGAGAUACGAUGGAUCUCAUAAAUGAGUUGAGGUCCAGACAGAAGGAAAUUAAUGGUUUGAGAACGUUGAUGACGGAGUGCCCAGAGGAUAAAGACAUGCUUGAUAUGGCAACUGAGGAAUUGGAUCAGGCAGUUGAAGAAGAGAAACGAGUACAGAACUUGUUGCUCAAGUCAUUACUCCCCAAGGAUGAUGCUGAUGAGAGGGAUUGCAUCUUGGAGGUGAGAGCAGGAACUGGUGGAGAAGAAGCCUCUUUGUUUGCCAUGGAUAUAUUUAAAAUGUAUGAGAGAUACACACAGAGGAAAGGUUGGAAGUUUGAGGUGGUAGACAUAACAGAAUCGGAACUGAAAGGAUAUAAGGAGGCUGUUGCUGCAAUAUCAGGAGCUGGGGCUUAUGGAAAACUUAAAUUUGAGAGUGGAAUUCACCGAGUACAGCGAGUUCCUGUGACAGAGAAGUCUGGGCGUGUUCACACCAGUGCUGUUUCUGUAGCCAUUCUCCCUCAAGCCGACGAGGUAGAUGUGGAGUUGAAGAACGAGGACCUGAGAAUCGAUACGUUCAGAUCAGGGGGUUCAGGAGGUCAGCAUGCAAAUACCACAAAUAGUGCUGUUAGGGUGACUCACAUUCCAACUGGACUGAGUGUGUCCAUACAAGACGAGCGAUCCCAACAUAUGAACAAGGCAAAGGCGCUUAAAGUAAUAUGCGCAAAGCUAUAUGAAAAGGAAAGGUGCAGAAUUCAGAGCAGUCGGUCGAAGCUGCGAUCGGAACAGAUUGGGAGUGGGGACAGAUCGGAACGCAUUCGCACAUACAACUUCCCGCAAGGGCGGGUAACUGACCAUCGGGUAGGGAUCACAGAGCAUGCAAUCGAGGAGGUGAUGCAAGGACAGAAUCUGGAUAUGUUCGUGGACGCUCUGUUGUUGCAGCAGGAAAUGGACGCAAUAGCAUCCUUCACUUCUACUUCGUAACGGUGCAUCAAAUAGGAUGGUGCCCAAUUUGCAUCUGAUUCAGGUAAAAUAAUGUUAUACAAAUACAAACAACAGAUAUAGGUGGCGUGGUGGGGGGAUUAAAUUUCUUCAUACUUGUACCAAGUGUUGAGGCAGCAGUCCAUGUAGGUGAGUUUAAUAUGCAAUUCCGGAUAGUAUAGGAUUUUCGUUCAUACAGCUAGUAGACAAACUCCUGAUACUGAAAAAGGCGGAACCUUGAUCUUGAUGGAAGUUAAAGAAAGCAUACAAAUAAAAAGAAAGAAAGAAAGAAAAAGAGGAUGGGGGCAUGGCAAUUGGCAGGGCAGCCAGGGAAGAGGCAGUGCAUGAGUAGAGGCACAACAGGGUUUGUUGGGGACUCCAUCCAUGCGCUGCCUGUUCCCAGCUGCCUUGUAAGUUUUACCCAAACCAA